CAUCUCUUCUUCACCACACGCCAUGUUACUCCCGCGAUUACAGCCGCCAUUAAGAGCAGCUCUGACCUCAAUUGCUCGAUCAGCACCAUCUGGGUCCCAAACAACAUGCCUCAAUGACGCGUUCGCACAGCUUGCGAUAAAAUCUUCGCGGAGGAUGAACGGAGCAGGAGUCACAUUUGUGAGACAUGCUUCUCACAAAGCACAAGGAGCCGUCAAUAAGGCGAAAGAUGGACCUGGAAAGAGAUUGGGUGCUAAGAAGUCUGGAGAACAAUAUGUUAUCCCAGGCAACAUCAUCUUCCGCCAACGCGGCACACAUUGGUUUCCAGGCGAUAAUUGUGCGAUGGGUCGAGAUCACACCAUUUAUGCGACGGAAUCUGGAUACGUGAAAUACUACAAGGAUCCAGAAAAGAACCCAAAGAGACAAUACAUCGGCGUUGUAUUCGAACGAGACCAAGUCCUCCCAUUACCCCGAAACGCCAUGCGAAGACGAAAAUUAAAUAUGGUUGCUCAAAAGAGGGAACAACCUAAAGUGCUUGUCCAGACGGAUCUAGUAAUGGAGGGAGAUGCUUCUACAGGGGUGGUACUGAAGCAGAAGAAGAACAAGGAGAGAAAGGGCGAGGAGGGAAGAAACUUAAGGUUGAGACCCGGCUAUAUGUAUCGAGAGUCGAAUUGGGAGAUUGGAAGAGCGGCCGAGAGAGCGCAGGUUACGGUCAGAGAGUUCAAGCCAAGGGAUCGAUGGACAGCAUGGAGAAAGGCGACGAUCCGUAAAGCGAAGAACGCGGAGAAGAGAGGAUUGGGGAGGAAGAUAGGAUCCAAAAAAUAGAUGUACGAUACGUAUGGGUCUUUCAGAUCGUCGGGAUCUGUUGUAUAAAUGGAACUAUUGUACGAUCACGGACGUACACGAAUCUGAUCAUACCAUUGCAUAUGCGCAAAUCGUCCAGCAUCACUUGGUUGUAAUGGAAGGUGGUCGGAAUCGUUGGAAUUCUCUCGGUACCCAGAGUGAGAAAAGGAACCUGCUUGGACAACUAAUGAGCAACGAAUCAUUGAGGCUCAAAGAGCUGGCGUGCGGCAUCCAUUCCUUCGUUGCAAAACUCGCCAAGACUGUUUUAGAGAAGUCCUUGCCCCAAAAAAACCCUCACUAUAGAACGGGGCGAGCUAACAAGUUGAGUGGUCACUAUGUCUUGAGAAAGAAGGCUGCGGUGCGCAGUCAAGC